GUGGCGUAGGCCGCAAACACUCUAGAGUUUUGCCCCUCGAGGGAAGCCACAUCGGGAUGAGCUCUGCUGGAGACGAAGAGCGCGCUGCUGCGAGCGGAGAACAGAUCCGCCCGCCAGUGCAGGAGGGCCGCGACGCGGAGCUUGCAAGUUUGCAACGGCAGAUUUCGCAAUUGGCGGCCCUGGUGGAGGAGUCGGUGAAGAAGAAGGAGCCUGGCAGCGUCGUGGCGGAUGCAGCCAGUAGGGGUGGCUGGGUUGCUGCCCCCAGAGGCCAACGAGAAGAGCCCACGCUGCCGCUCGGCGGUGGCGGGGGAUUUCUCCAGCAGCAAACGAGAGAUAGUGGGCAAGGACCACGGUCGCUGCUGGAAGGCGGCUGGGCCAGCAGAUCGGGAGCGAACCCUGUUGGACCAGCCGGAGUGGGCCCGGGCAUAGGACCGGACUACGGGGAAGCGAGGGGGUUAAACCCCCCAGGUGAGAUACCCGUGAUUCGAGGAAAUGGAGAAUACCUCGACGGCUACAGCAGUAGCCACAUGAAGAGGGUAACGGUCAAUGCUCCGCUCCUAGACGGAAAAAGCCGUAGCCACGGAUUUGACUCGUGGCGAAAAUCAUUCAUCCAAGCUGCGAAGACCAUCGACUUGGACGGGCUGUUUAUAGGAGAUGCAGAGAGCAGUAUCCCCGUGGGCGACCCAAACUUGCCGACUUCCGAACUGCUCCGUAGGGGGUACACGAGAGCAGAAGUCCAACGGGGGCUUCAGGCGUUCCACUUUAUCACUACUGCUGUGGUAAAAGAAGCUGACAAAGCAAUUAUCAGCAACUGUACGUCAGCGAAAGAGGUCCUUGCGGAAUUGGAAAAGGUCUACGAUCCGGAGUCACAGGGGUCAAAACAGGCCUUGAUGCGGAAGAUGUUCGACUUUGCAAUCCCCACACACAGCAACAGCAACCCCAUCGAGCACCUCUACUCUCUCGAGCUGCUGUAUGCCCGCCUGCGCGAAAAGGGGCUCAAUGCUGAACAACCCUUCGUUCUCGCCCACUUCGUUGGUUCCCUCCCACCCGAGUACCAACAAGCGAAGUUCCUGUUGGAGACAGCAACGGCGCUGGAUAGGGCCGAGAUCGUCAGGAUCGUGAGCACGGUGCACGCGAGCCUCCCGGAGGGAAGGAAGGCCUCGAAGGGCCAGCGUAGGGCGGAGCAUGCUCUCCUCGCGAGUGACGGUGGCGGCGGGGGAGGAGCGCCGGGCCGCGGCAACAGCGGCCGCCGCAAGGGUGGCGGCGGCGGUGGCGGCAACCAGAAGGGGAGAGGGGGGGGUGGCGCGAAGGCUGGAGGCGGCAGCGGAGGCGGCGACGACGAUGCGGGUAGCAUGCGCGGUCGCUGUUUCCGGUGCGGUAAGAAGGGCCACCAGGUGGCCAACUGCCCCGAGAGCAAGCCCGUGCGAUGUGAGACAUGCAAGGGCUACGGCCACGACAAGAGCAAGUGCCCGACCGAAGAGGCGGUGCUCGUGGUGGAAGUGCCGGCGGGGAGGGCGUCUGCGGACGCCACAGCACUGGACGUGGCAGAAGAAGCGCUGGUGGUCGGUGACAUCUCAGGCGAGUGUCACAAAGUCGUUGGUCGAGGGGGUGUAGAGCAGGCUAGGCGGGGUAGGUAUGUUGCCGAUACCGGCGCUACCACCCACAUGUUCGCGAACUCAGAUGGGUUCGUUCGUUACGAAGAGUGUGAUCGACGUGUGCGCGUCGCCGCCGGAGAAACCUUCCCUAUCGUAGGGUAUGGCGACGUGACGGUAACCCUUAGCUCGCGCGACGGUACAACCGACCUGUUGUUGAAACGGGUUGCACACGUCCCCCGACUAGACUACAACCUAGUAUCUCUCACUUCCCUCUUCGACGACGGGUUCGAAACCAAAACCCUCAACAAACACGAGUUGGAGUUGGAGAGAGGGGGGGGGGAGGUGGUGUACUUCCCCCGAUGCGGUAACCUGUACGUCCAAAACGGUUUCCGCACACACACCGAACAUGCCUGUGCCGCAAUUGCUCCUGGCAACGCGAAAGCGCCCAGCACCCCCGUUGACAUCAACGAUUUCCACUGCGCGCACGGCCACUCCCACGAGGUGCUGCUGAGGACCACGGCGAAGCAGCAAGGGACGACGCUGGUGGGCGAGCUCCGGGAGUGCCUGGGGUGCUCGACGGCGAAGGGGCUUUCCAAGCCCAUCCCCAACAAAACGUCGACCCGAGCAGUUAAGAAACUGCAGCGAGUUUUCGUGGAUUUGAGUGGAAAAGCUAGGGUGCAGAGCUUGGGGGGAAAGUGGUACACUCUCAUUGUCAAGGAUGAUUACACAAGGUGGAACCGUGUCUAUUUCCUGAAGCACAAAUCAGACGCAGCUGAGGCAUUCGAGAGAUACCUUGCCGAAAACCGGGCAAACGGUGCCCCGUCCGAUGUCAUGGUCGUGAGAUCUGACAACGGAGGAGAGUUCUUUGAGGGAGAGUUCGGCAGGGUGUGCCGGAAGUACUGCAUCAAACAGGAGUUCACCCCCGCGCACAGCCCAGAAUACAACGGUGUAGCUGAGAGAGCACUGGGUCUGAUCAAGGAUGCAGCACUAGCCGCCCGUAUCCAAGCGCCAACUCUUUACCCCGGAGCACCGAACUACCCAUCCCUUUGGGCCGAGGCCAUAGCUUGGUCAUGCAACGCCCUGAACUGCACCUCCACCACAUCCAACCCAGAGAAGAAGUCGCCGUACGAGAUGUGGCACGGGCACCCUCCCCCGCCGGGGGCGACGUACCCGUUCCUCAAACCUGCCGUAUACAAGGUCAAGCGCACACACAAGUCCGAGCCAAAAGCCCAAAAGUGUUUUUACCUCGGCCCGGGAAUCAACACCAACCGUGAUUGCGUGCGCAUCCUCAACGAAAAACGCCGAGCGAUCACAACUCGCAACUUCACCUGGCAAUCCGUGCCCGCCGCCCCCGCCGCCCUGCCCCAGUCGCUGCCUCCCAUCGCAGAGGAGGAAGAGGAAUUCGCGACUGAGGAGGACGAGGUUGGGGAGGGCGCGUCGAACCAAGGUGGAGGGAGGGCGGAGAGAGAACCUGUGGAUGGAGGACCAGGUUUCAACCUUGGCACGACGGCAGCCCCAGGGCCCGCGGGGCCGCCCGCGCGCGCAGCGCCGGCGGCACCGCCGGCCGCGCCCCAGGAGUCGGGCGCGGGCGACGCUGGCGAUGGCGCCCCCUCGAGCAGGGAGAGCGCGAGCGUCGCCCCAUCUACCACGUCGACCGGCACGGCCGAUGUGGGCGGCGGCGAGGACGACCGCCGCAGCAGCAGCAGCCGCGGUAGCGGCGGCAGCGGCGGCAGCGGCGGCGACAGCAGUAGCCGCGGUAGCGGCGGCAGUGGCAGCGACAGCAGCAGCGGUGGCAGCAGCGUCGAUGACGGCGGCAGCGACAGCAGCAGUGGCAGCGACAGCGAGACGGAUCUCCCGGCGCUCUGUGGGCCAGAGGCCCGGCGGCUCGCCCGCUUCGACAAGCCGGCGGAACUCACCAGCCGCCGCACUAGGGAGAACCCUCGCCGAAAUCCGAGGUACGAGUCGCCCCCGUCGCCGCCCACAUCGGCCCCGUCGCCGACAAGUGCCGAAGCCCUGCUCGCCUCGGUGGCGAGCCUGCCCGACAGCAGCACGGAGGAGUUCACCCGCUGGAUGCUCUCGGCAGUACUUCACGUGGCGGAGGGGCUAGAGGCGAGGGUGGUGCGAGAGUUGCUGUCCGAGCGCGCGCAGGAGGCCCACGCUGCGCGCCAAGAGGCGGAGGAUUUCCUGCUGGGUACGGUGGACCUCAUGCUCAACUCGCCAGACGCCUUCGAGACGGCUCUGGCGUCCCACGAGCUAAGUGAAUCCCCCAUAGGCAAGCGUCCGAGUGAUGUAGAAGCCCCACCCAUGACUGUAGCCGGCGUUGCCAAGUCUGUUUACCGAGAGGGGUGGGAACAGGCCAUGAGGGAAGAGUUUGAAGGGCACUUGGGCACGGGGACGUUUUCAUUCGUAGACGGUGCGCCAGAGGGGCGCAGGCCUGUGAGCUCAAAGUGGUGUUUUAGUUGGAAGACCAACAAGGAAGGGAAGAUAGACACGUUCAAAGCGCGUCUGGUUGCUAGGGGGUUUUCGCAAAUCCCGAACGUCGAUUAUUUCCAUUCGUCUUCCCCUUGCCCCUCAUCCGCAUCCAUUAAGCUGAUGCUUGCGGUAGCGAACGAGAAGGGCAUGAACCUCAAUCACUGGGAUGUGAAGCAGGCGUAUACACACGCUACGCUAGACGAGGAGGUUUUUCUGAAGCUCCCCGCUGGGUGCGGGGACAAGUCGCAUAAGAUUGCUAAGGCUGAGCGUGCGAUUUAUGGUCUGAAGCAGAGCGGUAGGCAGUGGGGGUACCACGCUGCUGAUACGCUAGUCGAGAACGGGUUCGAGCAAUGCAAGGCGGACCCGUGUGUUUUCCGCAAGAUGGUAGACCAAGUCGUGGUGAUGAUUAUCGUGAUUUAUGUGGAUGACAUUUUGGUGGCUGGGUCUGACGAGGAUUGCGAGGAGUUGCUUGCUUCUCUCAACAAGAAAUUCCCCACCAAAAACCUUGGAGAGUGUCAAUGGUUUGAUGGGUGUGCCAUCGAGAGAGAUGUAGAGGCUGGGACUCUUAGAAUCUCCCAAACCGCGUAUAUCGACAGCAUGGUUGAACGCUUCGAUGUGAAAUCAACUUCCCGCAUCCCCGCUACCCCUGGUGCCGAUCUAGGGCCGAAGCGAGAGGAUGAGGAAGGAGGGGAGUGGCCGGUGAGGGAGGCCAUCGGCAGCAUGAUGUGGGUGUCGACUUUCUCGCGUCCAGACGUCUCGUUCGCCGUGCGUGCGGUAGCGCGCCACGCCCACGCCCCGGCGAAGCGGCACUGGGAUGCCAUACAGAAGAUCCUCGGCUACCUGAAAGGGACGAGGGACCUCGGCAUCACCUACCAACGGGGAUCGGGGUUAGGGCUGGCCGUGUACGUAGACGCUAGCUACGCCGACACGGAGGAUAGGCGUUCGGUGUCAGGGUUGGCGACGACGGUUGGAGGUACCGUAGUCAGCCAUGGUAGCAAGACGCAGAGUAUCGUGUCUUUGUCUUCAACGGAAGCCGAGUACAUUGCUGCCGGGGAGGGUGUCAAGGAGGCGUUGUUUGUGCGUGCUGUGCUUUCGUUUGUCGCCCCAGAGACCAGUGGUAGCAGCAUCAAGGUCCUUGAGGACAACCAGGGGGCCAUAGCGUUGGUGCAGAACCCCCUCAGCUCAGGUCGCACGAAACACAUCGACGUGAGGUAUCAUUUCAUCCGAGGAUUGUUUAGGUCGGGGGAUAUUUCGGUCAAGUUUGUUCCGACAACGGAGCAACACGCGGACCUCCUUACCAAGGCCCUUAGCAGGGUCAGUCUGCAGUACCACCGGCGCAAGCUGAUGAAUUUGCCGGAGUAG